CAGCCAAUCGCCCACUAGUGCCCCACCCCUUCCGUUCUGGGAAAACUCGAGCACCAAGAAAGGCUUCCGGCUGGAGCUGUGCAGCUCCUUAUCAUGGGGACAAUUCAUCUCUUUCGAAAACCACAAAGAUCCUUUUUUGGCAAGUUGUUACGGGAAUUUAGACUUGUAGCAGCUGACCGAAGGUCCUGGAAGAUACUGCUCUUUGGUGUAAUAAACUUGAUAUGUACUGGCUUCCUGCUUAUGUGGUGCAGUUCUACUAAUAGUAUAGCUUUAACUGCCUAUACUUACCUGACCAUUUUUGAUCUUUUUAGUUUAAUGACAUGUUUAAUAAGUUACUGGGUAACAAUGAGGAAACCUAGCCCUGUCUAUUCAUUUGGAUUUGAAAGAUUAGAAGUCCUGGCUGUAUUUGCCUCCACAGUCUUGGCACAGUUGGGAGCUCUCUUUAUAUUAAAAGAAAGUGCAGAACGCUUUUUGGAACAGCCCGAGAUACACACGGGAAGAUUAUUAGUUGGUACUUUUGUGGCUCUUUCUUUCAACCUGUUCACGAUGCUUUCUAUUCGGAAUAAACCUUUUGCUUAUGUCUCAGAAGCUGCUAGUACGAGCUGGCUUCAAGAGCAUGUUGCAGAUCUUAGUCGAAGCUUGUGUGGAAUUAUUCCAGGACUUAGCAGUAUCUUCCUUCCCCGAAUGAAUCCAUUUGUUUUGAUUGAUCUUGCUGGAGCAUUUGCUCUUUGCAUUACAUAUAUGCUCAUUGAAAUUAAUAAUUAUUUUGCCGUAGACACUGCCUCUGCUAUAGCCAUUGCCUUGAUGACAUUUGGCACUAUGUAUCCCAUGAGUGUGUACAGUGGGAAAGUCUUACUCCAGACAACACCACCGCAUGUUAUUGGUCAGUUGGACAAACUCAUCAGAGAGGUAUCUACCUUGGAUGGAGUUUUAGAAGUCCGAAAUGAACAUUUUUGGACCCUAGGUUUUGGCUCAUUGGCUGGAUCAGUGCAUGUAAGAAUUCGACGAGAUGCUAAUGAACAAAUGGUUCUUGCUCAUGUGACCAACAGGCUGUACACUCUAGUGUCUACUCUGACUGUUCAAAUUUUCAAGGAUGACUGGAUUAGGCCUGCCUUAUUGUCUGGGCCUGUGGCAGCCAAUGUCCUAAACUUUACAGAUCAUCACAUAAUCCCAAUGCCUCUUUUAAAGGGUGCUGAUGAUUUGAACCCAGUUACAUCAACUCCAGCUAAACCUAGUAGUCCACCUCCAGAAUUUUCAUUUAACACUCCUGGGAAAAAUGUGAACCCAGUUAUUCUUCUAAACACACAAACAAGGCCUUAUGGUUUUGGUCUCAAUCAUGGACAUACACCUUACAGCAACAUGCUUAAUCAAGGACUUAGAGUUCCAGGAAUUGGAGCAACUCAAGGAUUGAGGACUGGUUUUACAAAUAUACCAAGUAGAUAUGGAACUAAUAAUAGAAUUGGACAACCAAGACCAUGAUGGACUCUAACUUAUUUUUAUGAGGAAUAUUGACUCCUUGGCUUCCAAUUUAUUUAGUAAUCCAACUUUGCAUUGACUGUUUAAUCAUUUACUCUAAAUGUUAGAUAAUAGUAAGCUUGUUCACAUUUCAUGAAACCUAUGAAAUUAUAUUUUUGUAAAAUGUAUUUGUGACAGUGAAAUCCUCGUAAAUGUUAAAGGCUUUAAAUAGGCUUCCUUUAGAAAAUGUGUUUCUUUAAAUUUGGAUUUUGGUAUCUUUGGUUUUGUAGUUGACUGCAGUGUGAUGUGACCUUACCUUUAUAAGAGCCACUUGAUGGAGUGGAUCUGUCACAUUACUAAGAUGUGAUAUUUCUUUUUUUUCCGAGACGGAGUCUUGCUCUGCCACUGUGCCUGGCCAAUACAUUAUUAUUAACUUAAGGCUGUACUUUAUUAAGGUUUCCUUAGUUUUUGUUUUGUUUUGUUUUUUGAGAUGGAGUCUCACUCUGUCACCCAGGCUGGAAUGCAGUGGUGUGAUCUCGGCUCACUGCAACCUCUGCCUCCAGGUUUCAAGUGAUUCUCCUGCCUCAGCCUCCCGAGUAGCUGGGAUUACAGGCACCUGCCACCACGCCCAGCUAAUUUUUGUAUUUUUGGUAAAGAUGGGGGAUUUCACCAUGUUGGCCAGGCUGGUCUCAAACUCCCGACCUCAUGAUCCACCCACCUUAGCCUCCCAAAGUGCUGGGAUUAGGUGUGAGCCACUGCGCCUGGCUGAUAUUUUCUUCAGUGAAAUUUAUAAACAUGCUUCUUGACUAAUACACAUUUUGGGAAAGGAAAAAAUGUCUGUUCAAAAAGUAAAAGUCUCUUUUAUAGCUUUUCCAAAUUUAAUUGCUACAUUUUUCUUUGAGGUUCUCCUGAAUUAUGUCUUACAAACUAAAAGCAAACAUUUUUAGCAGCAAUUUUGGAAUACAUUCUAUCUAGCACAAUUUGAAUUUUUAAUUAUCAAGAUUUUUGUUAAAGUUUCUCUCCUUUAAAAAUUUUAGUACAUUUGUAAAUAGUCCAUGGUUCUAGGUGUUUUAUUUUGAUUAAGUGACUACCCAACUUUUGGUGAUAUGCAGUGAAAGAAUCCCAGUGUUCUAUGUUACAUUUAAUCAAAUACUGACAUAAUGAAUUUAUCUUUUCUGACGCAUUUUCAUUCAUUGGCUUUUUAAUUUCUUAUUUUAUUAACAAAAUAUAUCAAAUAUAUUACCAAAACACAUAGAGUUCCAUACAUAAUAUGGAAUUUGAUGUCUUUUCAAGUUGCACAAAGAAUUUGAGCAAAUAUAAUUUUACCAAAGCAUAAUGGACCUUAGAUUAUAGAAUACAGCAUUUUUUUUUUUUUUUUUUGAGACGGAGUCUCGCUCUGUCGCCCAGGCUGGAGUACAGUGGCCGGAUCUCAGCUCACUGCAAGCUCCGCCUCCCAGGUUCACGCCAUUCUCCUGCCUCAGCCUCCCGAGUAGCUGGGACUACAGGCGCCCGCCACCUCGCCCGGCUAAUUUUUUUGUAUUUUUUAGUAGAGACGGGGUUUCACUGUGCUAGCCAGGAUGCUCUCGAUCUCCUGACCUCGUGAUCCACCCGUCUCGGCCUCCCAAAGUGCUGGGAUUACAGGCUUGAGCCACCGCGCCCAGCCGAAUACAGCAUUGUUAGGUCUGCAGUGGAUAGUUUUUUUUUGUUUUACUUUGUCAAAAAUGGGAAAUUGUUAACUGUGAUGAAGUGUGAGAAUUACAUAGAUUAUGUUAUUUUUUAGUUGUUUUCCAAAUGCAGAGUUUAAGGACUUUCUAACAUGGCUAGUAUUACUUCCAAAAAGUGUAACAAGCAGCAGUCACACAUGACCUAGAAGGGUUUUUUAUUGUUUUAUUUUAUUAUGCAUUCUGUAACAGUUUUAAAAAGGGAUUUUGAGAAUGGACUCAACUUUCCUGGAAUCCCGUGCUCCUGGAGAUUUAUGACUUUCCCAGCCAUCAGCCAGCUAUCUAGAGAAGAUUUUUGUUUUUCUAGAAUUUGCAACAGUUUCUUCAGUCAACUCAUUCACUUUCAAAUAGGAGCAGCACUUUGAAAUCCUUUUUCUUCACUGUGGAUUAAAAACAUCCAAGAAGCCAUCUCUGUCAAGCAGAAUUGUCAUCUGUGGUAAUAAGUGACCAUGUCCUAAAUACCUUUUUCUUAGUGAGGAGUUGAUCAUUGUCUUUGACAUCUGCAACCCUGUUCAGGCAUGUGACCUGCUGAAGAAAUACAGCCUACGCUACCUUGACUACUGGGGAAAAUGAUACUUUGUAAAAUGUAAUAAGGCAACCUGUUCCCUGGCCUUUGUCUUAUGUUUUCCAACUAUUACUGUAUCUGUUGUUGGUCUGCUAUUACAGGAUGAUUCUUCUUCCUUCAUUGAUCUCAGCUAAAUGUGAAUUAGGGUCAUGCAUGAAAUCUGAACUGCCAUGUCCUGAGUUAAGAGGUAUGUGCUGCCACCCCAUGCAUGUCUUCCCCAUCCCCAUAGGAUUUUAAAGUGUUUAGGUACCAAACACAGUUCUGUGUGAGGUUUUAUGCCUACUUCCUCAACACCAAUUCAGAGGCAACACCUGUGCAUCUGUCCCACCAAAGGUGCUUUAAUACCUACCUUCACUAUUUGAGAAAGGACACUCACAGUUGCCUGUGAGUUAUGAAAGAAUUGGCCCUACUUCCUGAAUGUAAGAUGUUACAGGGGACAUUGGCCCAUGCCAAUAAUCCUAGUAGGAGAGCUAAGACACAAAGAAUAGAGAAGCCUUAUUUGCCAAGCUCUGACUAACUUCUGGAUAUGAAAAUAAGGAACGUGCCCAGCAUAGGCAUAUAGGCAGCAGCCUUACUAGUAAAUCUUGCCACAGAAUCAUUUGAAACUAGACAGAGAAAGAAGUUCAAUUUAAAUAUUUGUCCCAUUGUUUGUGAUUAAGAUGUAAGCUCCAUGGAGUGUAAUUAACCCUGCUUUAUGAAGUCACCAUAUUUAUAAUGGGAAAAACAUUGCCUAGGAGGCAAGAGAUCUGAAUUCCAGUUCUGAUGCUGCCACUGUGUAAGGAAGUAGUUUUAUAACCCAUGGGCAAAUCAUCUGAGCUUUCUCAUCUGUAAAGUUAGGGAGAGGAAUUAAUUAGUUGAUCUGUAAACUAUCAGCUUCAAAACGUUAUGGCUCAAUCUGUAGAAUAUAUGCCCAAUUGCUAAACAGAUGUUGUGCCCAGAAUUUUAUCUAGUGACUACCUCAACAUACAGGCCAAGUGUUACCUACACCAACACCCAAGCCAUUAAUUUGAGGUGCCGUGAGAAUAGGCGAACCGCAGCCUAACACCAUUUAGGUUUUUGUGUUUUUUUCAGGCUUGCCUCUACUUAAAUAUAUUUAGAUUAGAGAGUUUUCUUAGACUUCUUUCUUUGCAAGGAAGGGUUAUUUGGGGAAGUGUUGGAAAAAAGAUUAGGGCAGGGUACCCUUAGUUUAUAUAGGGUACAAAAGUAUGGGAAACAUUUUCCCUUUCUUCUUUAAUCUCUGAAGUCAUGUUUGGAAUUACAUAUAAUGUAGCAGGUACUGGAGAGGACCUGAAUUUCAAGCCUCUGAUUUAGCUGUUUGUAAACUGCCAAGUUUUGCUUGACUGAAGAAUGCUGAUCUUUUUUGGGAGUCUAAUCUCCUUCUAAUAUCAGAAAGUGCUUUUUACAUUCCAGAUUGUUUGAAUUAAACUGUUUGGAUUAAAGAACAUAUAUGGAGUUU